ACUGGCUUCGCUAACAGGUACACUCAAGUAGACAGACCUCGAACACGCACCUUCGAAGCUAGAGCAGAUCAGACCUUGCGUGUUUUCUUGAGUGUUGGUGAUACCUUCUACAAAUUGUUAACAAGGGCUUACUGACCGACUUGCACCGUCUAACAAGAUCACUAGAUAUUUCAAGCAAAAGGGAUAUGAAAACUAAGCCUGCACGCCAGACAGUAACGAUCAGCGGUUUGUUUGCUCAGGACGUACCCAAUGGGUACCUCUUCCCGGAGUAUCCCUCUUCCUUCCAGAAGAAUGCUGCCUCAUUCAACGAUGAGAAGUACUUUAUCCACGAUUUCCCAGCGCCCCCGGUCAUGUAUUUGGACUACUUGAGACCUAUAAGGGUAUGCCCAGUUCUUGGAAAUGACAUCCCAAUUCUGUUAAGACGAGAGCCCAGCAUUCCACUGCAAACACACUGGCGCAAAUGGGUCCCAGACUACCAGGAACCGGACAUCAGGGUUUACAGCAAGGAAAAUACGGGGGAUGCUCCUCUCAUCAUGGUGUUCCCACAUCAGAACAUCUCCCGCGAAAAGCACGCUCUGGACCCGGAUCUUCACUACGAGUUACUCUCCAAGGAAACGGUCCAAGAGCUGGGCGCUCCUUGCCCCAAGCACCUAAGCCUGUCUGACUACACCACUCCGUGCAUGCUAAAGGCGACGCACGGCCUGUUUUGUUAUGGCACGUACAUGGCCAAGAAUGAAGAAGAGGCCCAAGAAGCGCUGAGAGAGCUGACCGAAGAAAUGUGCUGCGAGCGGCCAGUUGUGACCGAGGUUAUUCCAGAAGUGACUGGUAACUACUGUGUGCAGUUUUACCUGCAUCGCAACGGGGAUACCCAUUGGGUGGGUGUGUCAAGACAGAUUAUUGGCGAGAGCCUCAGUUGGGGUGGGGGCGUCGUGGAUGCCAGAGAGCAGCAGCGUCUGAAGGACUUGCUUAUUAAGACUGUGAUGCCUGUGAAGGAGUACCUGUAUAAAAAGAAGUUCUUCGGCUUCGUUGGAAUGGAUAUUCUCACUAAUAAGGACGGUCAGUUUGUCAUUGACCUCAAUCCUCGCAUCAACGGCAGCACGCCCCUCCUAAUGAUGUCGCCUGUUAUGGCUGAGAAGGGCUUCCCUGUCGGCGUCAUGCUCAGCAACUGCCGAUUCCCGUUUGACGUCAAGAAACUGGUGUCUGUCGUUGACGAGCUCAACUCCACAGGGAAAGCACUGGUCGUGAUUCUCGGUGCCGAGAAUGGAGAGUGGGGUUGUGAAGGGUAUAUUUGUGUGUUUGCAGUUGACGAGAUGGAGGCUAAAGAAGUCCAUGAGAAGCUCGUGACAGAAGCACAUUAAACAUAGUCGUCAACGCGGCUACCUUUCCACGCGCGUGACGAAAACAUGUUCGGCUUAUUAACUUCAAUGUUUUGGAAUUAGUCUGUUGCUUAUUUAUUGAACGUUCCAUGCUCGAAACAAAUUUGAACGUUUGUUGUACAAAUCCUUCCUAAGUGGAGAAACUAUUGCUUACUUGUUUACUCGAAAAGCAGGUGAUGGCACCAAACAUUUGAUAAGAAUGGCAGCAAACCUUAGUAUCACUAUCAAAAAGUCUAUUUUAUUAAUAAACCCAUAGAACAUGUUUCCUGUCCUAGUGGAAGGGUAGUGUCUUUUUUAACCGUUCUAACCUUUUACGUCAUGCGCCCCAGCUCUUAAGCGCAUUUCAUGAGAGGAAAUCUCGCGAAUUGUAAGGAAGACUUUUUUCGGGCUUAAAACAAUCAUACGAAGGCGACUUCAUGAUUUUUAUGUAGAGAAAUCUCGACAUCUUGGUAUACACCGCUCCAUUGUAGCGACGGUUCCUAGUCACUCUACGAGUCAGUUGAACUACUGAACACUCCCGACACCCACCUAGAUUGUAGAUAUCGCGAUUUCUCUACUUGUGACCUAUGCGUUUAAACGCCUUAAAUGAUAAGAAAUAUUUAAGAAGGUAUGUAGCAUGUUAUUAUAAAUGCUUCAUAUUAUAACAAUAAAGCGACUUGAUAUAGAAUUGUUUUUUUAUAGGUAUGCCUAUUAAAUCAAGGUGUGACGGAUUUAAGGUUAUUUUUUCUAAUCACCAUAUUUUUUUUAUACUGUUAAAAAGUUUGUAGUUAACAACCGGCAGUGUGUGUGUGCUGGUUAACUUUUUACGAAACGUUGUGUAAAUAGGACAUAAACUAUUAUGUUGUGGGUUAAAAUGUAAGACUUAGAAAAUAUAAGCCUGGGGAAGACAUGUAUUAUUUAUCCGAUUAAAUUUUCCCACCAAUUUAUAUGCGUGUACAAUGUUGGCAUAACGGAAAAUGAAGGAGAAUGGAAGUUUUGUUAAAACGAGCCCUCAUUGUAUGUCAGAUCGAUGAAGAUAUAAUCUUUUUAUAAACUCUAAAUUGUUAAUAUAUAUAAAGGGUUGUAUGCUUCUUCGUUUGCAAUUUCCAAUAAAAUUGUAAUCCGAAAGGAAA